AAAUGAGUGCAGGCAGUAGGGAGUUUUCUGCUGGGGUCAGGAGGACUUUGGACAGACGCACGGAUCCUGCCCCAAACACCCCUGUAUGAGUGGAGUGUAGCAGAAAGAGAAAACAUCCCCAACUUUUUUCCUCUUUUGCCUCAAAGAGUCUACAUGUCUGGUGGCAUCUAGACAUGUUCAGCUUUGUGGAUUUGCGGCUGGCGCUGCUGCUUGGCGCCACGGUGCUCCUGGUCAGGGCGCAGGGCGAGGACGACCGUACAGGUGCCAGCUGCACCCUUGGAGGCCAGGUGUUUGCAGACCGGGACGUGUGGAAACCAGAGCCAUGUCAAAUCUGUGUGUGUGACAGCGGAACUGUGUUGUGCGAUGAGGUUAUCUGUGAAGAGCCAGCUGACUGCCCCAACCCCAUUGUACCUACGGGCGAGUGCUGCCCCGUUUGCCCCGAUGAUGGCUACCACUCUACUCAGGUUGAGGGACCCAGAGGAGAACGUGGACCCAAGGGAGAAAGGGGUCCUCCUGGUCCUCCAGGUCGAGAUGGUCUUGACGGUCAGCCUGGACUGCCAGGACCUCCUGGCCCUCCUGGACCCCCUGGCCUCGGUGGAAACUUCUCCCCACAGAUGUCUGGUGGCUAUGAUUCAAAAUCCACUGUUAUGCCUGUGCCUGGACCAAUGGGUCCAAUGGGACCACGUGGAUCUACCGGACCUCCUGGUCCUGCUGGAUCCCCAGGACCCAGUGGCCCACCUGGUGAGCCUGGAGAGGCUGGAGCUCCUGGCCCCAUGGGUCCACGUGGACCUGCGGGACCUUCUGGAAAGAACGGAGAGGACGGGGAGGCUGGCAAACCUGGUCGCCCAGGUGAACGUGGACCUUCCGGACCACAGGGUGCUCGUGGUUUCCCAGGAACUCCCGGACUUCCUGGCAUUAAGGGUCACAGAGGGUUCAGUGGUCUGGAUGGUGCUAAGGGAGACACUGGUCCUGCAGGACCCAAGGGUGAGGCUGGAGCCCCUGGUGAAAAUGGAACUCCUGGUGCAAUGGGACCUCGUGGUCUGCCUGGUGAGAGGGGUCGUGCUGGUUCUCCAGGAGCUGCUGGAGCUCGUGGUAACGAUGGUGCUGCUGGUGCUGCUGGACCUCCGGGUCCCACUGGCCCUGCUGGACCUCCUGGAUUUCCAGGUGGCCCAGGACCCAAGGGUGAUGUUGGAGCACAGGGUGCACGUGGACCUGAGGGACCUGCUGGAGCCCGUGGAGAACCUGGUAACCCUGGACCCGCUGGCCAGGCUGGACCAUCCGGAAACCCUGGAGCUGAUGGUGCGCCUGGUGCUAAAGGAGGCCCUGGUGCCCCUGGUGUUGCUGGUGCUCCUGGUUUUCCUGGACCACGUGGACCCCCAGGACCUCAGGGUGCAGCUGGUGCUCCUGGACCCAAGGGAAACACUGGUGAAGUUGGUGCCCCAGGAUUCAAGGGAGAGCCUGGUGCUAAGGGAGAGUCUGGUGCCCCAGGUGCUCAGGGACCCCCAGGACCUGCUGGUGAGGAAGGCAAGAGAGGAGCCAGAGGAGAACCUGGUGCUGCGGGCGCUCGUGGAGCACCUGGAGAACGUGGUGCCCCAGGUGGUCGCGGUUUUCCUGGUGCCGAUGGCGCGGCUGGACCCAAAGGUGUAAAUGGUGAGCGUGGUGUUCCUGGUCCUGUUGGACCUAAAGGUUCCACCGGUGAGCCUGGCCGCACUGGUGAGCCUGGUCUCCCUGGAGCUAAGGGUAUGACUGGCAGCCCUGGCAACCCUGGACCUGAUGGCAAAAUGGGAGCUCCUGGAGCCCCUGGACAAGAUGGACGCCCUGGACCCCCUGGACCUGUUGGAGCAAGAGGUCAACCUGGAGUCAUGGGAUUCCCUGGACUAAAGGGAGCCGCUGGUGAGGCUGGAAAGCCCGGUGAAAGAGGAGUAAUGGGACCCACUGGCCCUGCUGGAGCUGCUGGAAAGGAUGGUGAUGUUGGUCCUCAGGGUCCUCCAGGACCAGCUGGUCCUACUGGCGAGAGAGGAGAAACAGGACCUUCAGGAGCCCCUGGAUUCCAAGGGCUUCCUGGUCCUCAGGGUGCCGUUGGUGAGAGUGGCAAACCUGGAGAGCAGGGUCUGCCUGGUGAGCCUGGAGCUGUGGGACCUGCUGGACAAAGAGGUGACAGAGGAUUCCCUGGUGAACGUGGUGCCCCUGGCCCUGUUGGACCUGCUGGUGCCCGAGGAUCUCCUGGUUCUCCUGGUAAUGAUGGUGCUAAGGGAGAACCUGGAGCCCCUGGUACUCCAGGAGCUAUGGGUUCCCCUGGACUGCAGGGAAUGCCUGGUGAGCGUGGAGCUGCUGGUCUUCCAGGACUGAGAGGAGAUAGAGGGGACCAAGGAGCUAAGGGUGCUGAUGGAGCACCAGGUAAAGAUGGGCCCCGUGGCUUGACUGGACCAAUCGGACUUCCCGGACCUGCUGGAGCACCUGGAGAUAAGGGAGAGUCUGGUACCGCUGGACUUCCCGGACCUGCUGGUGCACGUGGAGCCCCUGGUGAGCGUGGUGAAUCCGGACCCCCUGGACCUGCUGGAUUUGCUGGAGCUCCUGGUGCUGAUGGACAACCUGGUGCUAAGGGUGAGCCUGGAGAUAAUGGCGCUAAGGGAGAUGCUGGUCCUCCAGGCCCUGCUGGACCAACUGGUGCUCCUGGACCUCAGGGUCCCGUUGGAAACACUGGUCCUAAGGGAGCCCGUGGAGCAGCUGGUCCUCCAGGUGCUACUGGUUUCCCUGGAGCUGCUGGCAGAGUUGGACCUCCUGGCCCUGCUGGGAACUCUGGACCUCCUGGACCUCCCGGACCAUCUGGCAAGGAAGGACCCAAAGGAAACCGUGGUGAGACUGGACCUGCUGGUCGCCCUGGAGAGAUUGGUGCUGCUGGACCAGCAGGACCCCCCGGAGAGAAGGGUAGUGCUGGUUCAGAGGGUCCGGCGGGAGCUCCUGGUAUCCCAGGACCCCAAGGUAUUGCUGGACAGCGUGGUAUUGUCGGUCUGCCAGGACAGAGAGGAGAAAGAGGUUUCCCUGGACCCGCUGGGCUUGCUGGAGAGGUUGGAAAGCCAGGACCCGCUGGCCCUGGUGGUGAACGUGGACCUCCUGGACCCAUGGGACCUCCUGGUCUUGCAGGUCCCCCUGGAGAGCCUGGGCGUGAGGGAACCCCAGGAGGAGAAGGACCAUCUGGUCGUGAUGGAGCCCCUGGACCCAAGGGAGACCGUGGAGAGAGUGGCCCUGCCGGAGCCCCUGGUGCCCCAGGACCUCCUGGUGCCCCUGGACCUGUUGGACCAGCUGGAAAGACUGGUGACCGCGGAGAGACUGGACCUGCUGGCCCUGCUGGUGCUGCUGGCCCUGCUGGACCUCGUGGCCCCGCCGGACCUGCUGGAGCUCGUGGAGACAAGGGAGAAACUGGAGAGGCUGGAGAGAGAGGCAUGAAGGGACACAGAGGUUUUACUGGUCAACAGGGACCUCCUGGACCUCCUGGACCAUCUGGAGAGGCUGGACCUGCUGGUGCUGCUGGCCCUGCUGGCCCUAGAGGCCCUGCCGGAUCUGCUGGUUCUCCUGGUAAGGAUGGCAUGUCUGGUCUUCCUGGACCCACUGGACCUCCUGGACCUCGUGGACGUAAUGGCGAGAUGGGACCUGCUGGUCCUCCUGGACCUCCUGGACCCCCAGGACCUCCCGGUGCCCCUGGUGGUGGAUUUGACAUUGGUUUCAUUACCCAGGAGAAAGCCCCUGAUCCCUACCGCAUGUUCCGUGCUGAUGAUGCUAAUGUUCUCCGUGACCGCGACCUGGAGGUGGACACCACCCUGAAGAGCCUUAGUCAACAGAUUGAGCAGAUCCGCAGCCCUGAUGGAACCAGAAAGAACCCUGCCAGAACCUGCAGAGACCUCAAGAUGUGCCACCCUGACUGGAAGAGCGGCGAGUACUGGAUUGACCCUGACCAGGGCUGCAAUCAGGAUGCCAUUAAGGUCUUCUGCAACAUGGAUACUGGUGAAACAUGCGUAACACCAACUCAGCCUGAGGUUGCCAAAAAGAACUGGUACUUGAGCAAGAACAUCAAGGACAAGAAGCACGUCUGGUUUGGAGAGGCUAUGAAUGACGGCUUCCAGUUUGAGUAUGGCAGUGAGGGUUCUCUGCCAGAGGAUGUCAACAUUCAGAUGACCUUCUUGCGUCUCAUGUCCACUGAGGCAUCCCAGAACAUUACUUAUCAUUGCAAGAACAGCAUCGCCUACAUGGACGCCGCUGCUGGCAACCUCAAGAAGUCCCUGCUCCUCCAGGGCUCCAAUGAGAUUGAGAUAAGAGCCGAGGGCAACAGCCGUUUCACCUACAGUGUAUUGGAAGAUGGUUGCACGUCACACACCGGAACAUGGGGCAAGACAGUCAUUGACUAUAAGACAACAAAAACAUCUCGCCUUCCCAUCAUUGAUAUCGCUCCUAUGGACGUUGGUGCUCCAGACCAAGAGUUUGGCCUUGAAGUUGGACCUGUCUGUUUCUUGUAAAAAGAGAAAUCUGGACUUGAAAGUGUUGUUGUGUGUGUGUGUGUGUGUGUAUGUGUGUUUUAUUUUUUCUAGCAGUCAUCUCUCCCCAAAAAGAAAUUCCACCAAAAGAUUCUUCUAAUGUCGUUUGGCUGAAAAUCUGACCUCUCACUCCUGAAUCUACAAACCUCCUCUCAGCCAUUGUUUCCAAGGGUCCACUUGCCUAAAACCUGCACUUAGGGAAAAAAAAGACAGUGGCGGUGUGAUGGCAUCUGCAUCGCUGUGUUUGGGACCACUAUUUUUGUUUUUUUUACUUUUUUUUCCUUCGUUUUGCCAUCACCAACACCACGGAUCCUGUAGAGAAGACAUUUUUCUUUCGCUGGCAACAAGAAAAUAAUAUAUGCCUCUGUAAAGUAUAAAAAAACAAAUCCCCUCUUAUUCCAGCUGAAUGAGGCCUCUCUGGAGUUUACAGAAAUACACAAGUGACUUUUGUAUUUUAUACACCUCUGAGCUCUGAGCAAUGAAAGGACAGUUACAGACAGAAUCAAAUUGCUUUGUACCAUGUUUCAGGUGUUGACGAAUAAACGGUGAAACUGACAGCCAUCUUUGUCUUUGUUGUUCUGCCCUUCUGUGUUCCACCUGCUAGUGGAAAGGCCAACAUUGCCCCCACCUCCCCACCCUACUGUUAUGAUUUGGAUUUGUAUCUUUCGUGGUUAAUUUCUUGUUUCUGUUCAUCUCCUCCUCCUUUCCACAGAAAAACUACAUCAAAACUACCAGACGAGAAGCAUGGAUUUAAACCUUUUAAAGGAAAGAAAGAAAAAAAAAAUAUAUAUAUAUUAUGGCUACCUCAGAAAUGAAAGAAAUUCCAGCGUAUUUCAAAUGGAGCCUGUUUUCAUUGUGGUUGUUGGUGAGGUAGUCGAGGUUUACUGACACUUUAACAGAAGCAGAACUCUAACUUUUAAGGUGCUAUUUUUCUGAGGUCUGUUAGCUGUCCGUUAUGGCUCCACUGUUGUGCAGUUACAGCUAUUCUGGCAUGGCAGCUUCCUCUUGGUGCUAAAACUACAGCCUUAAUUCUUGGUGCCCAGAAUAUGACAGAUUUCUCUCUGAUAAUGAUGACAGUAAAACCUCCUAUAUUUGCUUUCCAGCUUUUUAAUCCUAACAUUGCCAUCAUUCAUUGAUGAUGCAUCUGUUGUACUUUCCUUCUUGUUCUCUCGUGAAACACUUUACUUUCCAAAAAAUUUAAAAUCAGAGAUUUAAAAUACGGCCCAGAAAGAGAGGCAUCAGAUGAGAGGUUAGAAGUUAGGAACACAAACCAAUGGGAAACAAAUCGAAUCUGUACCUUUUUUGUAUUUGUAUAAUAAAUUGAGAUGUUUUUAAUUAUUUUGAAUGCUGAAAUAAAGCAUGUUAAGUGGUCUAACUGAA